UACAGAGCUACACAAAAUACACACUUGCUAAACCAGAGUGGCGAGCAUGUUUUUUUUUUUUUUAAAUUAUUAUGCAGAACCAACGAUCAUCCUCACGCAUACAAUGUCAAGUCAUAACAUGACCAAGGAUAAGUUAACAUUUGAGCAAUUGUCAAAGAAAAUAAAAAAAACUCAGCUGCUCAACUAUGCUAUUUCCCACAUCAACAUCUUCUGGCUGUGUCCACUUGGUCGGCCGGGCUGAAGCGAGGCUGAGCACCUCUUCUGCGUUCAGUGCCUCAACUGUCAGAUAAGAUUGUCACCAGCACUUUGAACCAUGUGGUGCAAAUUCAUCAAGCUCGGAUUACUUCUCGGCCUCUGCAAUUUGAGCCGGGGGGCCAUCCAGACACCAGACUACGAUGACACGGCCGCCCCAGAGUUCCUCAACCCGUCCUGGAUGGCGACCAUCCCUGACAAGCGGCCCCUGUCCGAGAUCAACAUGCCGGGCACCCACAACACCAUGGCGGUCCACGGCGGCGUCUACGCCGAGUGCCAGACGUGGAGCCUGGCAUCGCAGCUGCGCGCCGGCGUCCGCUUCUUGGACGUGCGUGUGCGCCACGUCAAGGGCAACCUCACCAUCCACCACGGACUGGUGUACCAGCAUGCCCACUUCGGCCACGUGCUGGAGGGCGUGCAAGACUUUUUGGCCAGUUACCCAACCGAGACUGUUCUGAUGCGCAUCAAGGAGGAGUUGAGCGAGACCGACAAUAUUUACGGGGCAGUGGUGGAGCACAUACGGCGCUACGCCAGCUGGGAAAUGUUGUGGCACAGCCGCUUGGUGCCCACCAUGGGCCAGGCACGAGGUAAACUCGUCAUACUGCAGGACUUUGUCGGGCCGGACUUAGGGAUGCGCUACGCCUCCAUGGAUAUCGCUGAUGACUGGAAGGUUCCCACACUUCUGCACGUGGAAGAGAAGUGGCAAAGCGUCUAUGAGCACUUGGAGGCGGCGCCCACGGGAAACAAGGACCAGAUCUUCCUCACCUUCAGCAGCGGAACCGGAGUCUUCGCCGUGCCAAGAGCCGUGGCGGAGCGCAUCAAUCCUCGGCUGUACAACUACCUGAAGGCCAAGACCGACCUGAACCAACGCUUUGGGAUAAUAUGCAUGGACUUCCCGGCUGCUCCCAUGAUUCAAACCAUCAUUGAUUUCCAGCUGAAGGCAGGAGUGGGCAAGCCUCCUUCGAUCCAGCCGGAACAAUUUUUUCAAGUUAAAAAAAGUCUCAAAAUGUCCCAUGAUGGGGAAAGAAAAAGAUCCCUGUCUUUGUUUUAAGCAACAGUUGUGACUUCAGCAAGUCCUCUUCUUCCUCCCUUAAUCACAAAUUCUACUGUGAUCAUCAUAGACUUGAAUUCUCAAAACAAAAACCAUUAACAUUCAGAACUAUAUUUGUUUUGAGCCAAUAAAACGGUACACAAAUGCA